AUGGUUCUCAAUGGAAGCUGUAUGUGUGGUAAGGUCAAGUACCAGGCCGAUGCUGAUCCUGCAGUCAAGGCAAUGUGUCACUGCCAAAACUGCCAAAAGUUCAGCGGAUCUGCGUUUACUACCAACUUCAUUUUACCACGAUCAGCCUUUAAGCUCCUAAGCGAAAAACUGGGAAUCUUGGGGGCACCGAAGCAUGGCGAGUAUACUGCCGAUUCAUGGUUCACGUACCGAGCUUAUUUCUGUGGAGACUGCGGGUCGUCUCUUUACGGCGAGCCUGACUCGAUGCCCCAGAUGAUGUCUAUCAAGGCUGGUACACUGAAUAAUGGAGCAGCACAGUUGACUGAAGGAAAAAUUGAUGCCGAAGCCUUUGUCAAGAGACGUGUGGCUUACUUGAAGCCAAUUGACGGCGCAACUCAGGUCGAGGGUAUGAUUCAGCUGUGA